AUGGUUAUGGCGUACCUUGAAAGUGGGAGUGAUUUCAAAGACAAAAAGAAUGAGAACGCAAAAAAAUGGUUAUUUACAUUUCAGCUCAACUUUAUGUUUCGAGAACAUUCAGACAGCAUCAAGCAGGCCGCUGUUGCUGCAUUUCAAAAGCGUGAAUUCUCCGUCCGUAAAAUUGCACAAUUAUUUCAAAUUAGCGUACAGACUCUAUAUAGAUGGAACGCUGAAGCUCUUGCAUCAGAACAAAACCAACACAAAACUCAACAAGAUCAGCAAGCAGUCGCUGCUAAGCCAAAAGAGGGGCGUUGUCCUAUAUUUAAUCAAGAGGAGCAACAGGUCGUAGCGCAGGUCGUUCAGCAGACUGGUCGUGUCGACACAAGUCAGAUUGUUGCUGCAGUACAGGAAAUAAGAGCGAUAGAUGCUCCUGCCAUUCAAAUCAGCAGACGAACAGUUUACCGAUAUUUAAGAAAGAACAACAUCACUCACAAAAAAGCACAUCUUCGGACUAAACAGCCUGAUCCCAGUAAGCUCGCAGCAUUUUGGCAGCAGAUGCGCUUGAUAGAUGCAGAGCAACAGGCGGAACCCAUUAUUUCACUUGAAUCAUCAUUUGACGCACACAUGACACCCACUUAUGGAUGGAGCAAGAAGGGCACAAAAUGCAUCUUUUUUUGA